GGCUGGUGGGAUGGCUGGUGAGCAUCGAGUGUAAAGGGAUGGGCAAAAAAAAAGAGGAACGGGAAGGAGAGAUCAUAGAUCCAUGAAAGAAUAACAUAAACUCAAUAACCCUCCGCGUGUUUGCAGGUGUAAUGGACAACGAGGCUGGUUCCCGAGUAAUUAUGUCCAGAUAUUAGAUCCCAUGGAUGAAACCGGCAUCCGACACGGAUCCGAUGCGGAGCCGCUCGAUGAUGCUCAUGGCUGGCCUUACCGACAACAGCAACCACAUUGGUACAACGAUAUUAACAAGGAAAAGGAUUUUCCUCUAUCAUUAACCCACGACGACAUUGCCCAUCCCUCAAAAAAGACCUUGCCAGCGACCUGGAUUUUACAGACCACAGAAGACGGAUCGGAAGUGUAUUACUUCAAUGUCGUCACCAAAGAAAUGCGAUAUUCAGUUCCUCCAGACGAUUUUGACCAAGCCAAUCAUGAUCCCGUUAUCAUUGCAGAUCACUCCAUCACGACCUCCCCUUUUUAUGCAUCCUUCGAUGCUCUAAGACCGACCGACCAAGAUCUUAUCAGCGAAGACCAAGCCAUCAAUCGACCUGUACGUCCUGCGCGUGCUACUCAUCGUUCCGAAUAUAUGGCUCGUCCCAUGGACGAACAAAGUAUUCUCAGUGCAGCUACAGCCACCACCAGCUCGUCCAGCACAGCCCCCAGUCUUCACGCUUUACAAUCCUCUAUCGAAGAACAAAUACCACCCAAUUGGAUCCGCAAAACUACUCCCAAGGGUCGUACGUACUAUUGCAAUGUACUGACAGAUCAAACCACUUGGAGUUUGGAUCACAUUGAUCCAAUCACAGGAGCUCUCCUGAAAUCGGCAGCCAAUGUCUCACCUUCCUCCAGUUCGAGACAUACGAGUCACACCAGUCAUCGUCUGAGUACUUCCAGUGGUAGUGUGUACAGUCAUGACAUACCUCCGCCAAUGUCCUGGGCGGAACUUUCCAAUGUCGUGGCCCAAGCCAUUCAGGGUUUGAGAACAUCCGUAGAGCAGGAAAAAAGUCACUUUUAUUGCGAUGAUGUUGCGCUGGUCGUCCGGCGGAUACGUUUAAUGCUUUAUGUCUCCAACUGCGUCGACAAGGAAAAUUCGCCGUACCUGAAACACAGCAAGUUAUUAAGAAGCCAUCAUCGCGCUUUGCUCGCUGCGAUCGCCAAAUUGAUCCUAUCUGCCAAAGUGGCCUCGGCAUCGUGGCCCCCUCCGAAUGCCGGGAACAAACUUCUUUUAGAUGCCGACGAAGUAUUGGUCGCUGGCCGCAAUUUCAUCAGUACAGCGCAAGAAAUGCGAUUGGAAGUCGUCGACGAUCGACCUAAAGUGCUUCAGGACAGCCCAUCAUUUUUGCAAUGGCGGACACCCGUGGAUAUCACCGAUCUGAGCGGCAAAAAAGCCGAUCCAGCCACCACCAUCCUCGUGCUGGCCGACAACGUCCGUGGCGCCAUGACCUCGUUUAUUGACAGCAUCCGUGAAGCGUUCGCCUCGCUGGAUCCAAAGAGCACGUCGUCGUUGUCUCUUUCAGCCAAAAUUCGAACCACAGCACCUUUACUCGUCGCUCAGUUCCGCAAUCUCAGUAGCACCAUUAGCCAGUUCCUGCAUUCAGUAGAAGACGCGAUCACUACAACACGCUCGGCGCAUGCCACUCAGUUUGCUUCUUCCAAGCAAGCUAUUUACACAUCGAUGGGCUCGUUGUUCAUUGCAUCGCAAAUCAUUACCAAGGAUGAUCUGCCACCCAGCGAUCUUCAAGCUACGCUUCUCUGUAUAGAGAAAGAUGUUCAAAGCAUCGAAGGAAAAGUGGUCCAUAUUUGUGCCAUUGCUCGUCAGCUGCUGGAAGAAUCCAAAGGUGAUAUGUCGCACCGCGGGCCUUUGCGCUCACCGUCAGAGGACGAUAUAUUGGCGCGACCAUCGCAGGACAGCAGCCGGUUCCACAUAAAUGGCACCAUUCCUGAAUUCGACCGGGACUCAUUUGCCGAACCUUCCUUGUACAGCCCUGUGAUGGAAGUGCCUCAUGAUGAUAACGCCUCGGAUUUGAGCGACUUUACGACUCAAUCACGGCACGCAAAAGAUAAACUGGCCAAGUUCUUUGGCGAAGACACGAUUGCCGCUGCCAAACGUAGGGAUACUCUUGUCACGACCAAGAAUGGAUUGCAAGACGUCGCCGUGUUAAAUCCUGUGGCCGGUGUAUCCCACGCGCGAUCGGAACGCCCUGAUUUCCUCGGAGCCGACUACAAUAACAAGGAAAUUAUUUUCAAUAUGGAAGGCAACGUGAAAGGCGGUACCGUCUCGGCUUUGGUCCAACGAUUGACCCAGCAUGAUCAGUUAGAUUCCAAGUUUAUUACCACGUUCCUUCUCACGUACCGAUCAUUUUGCAGCACUGAGGAAUUGUUUGAUAAUUUGUUCAGAAGAUAUAUGCUGACACCGCCAGCUGAUUUAAACUUUGACGAGUUGGAAUUGUGGAAAGAAAAGAAGCUGAAGCUUGUGCGCCUGCGCGUCUUUAACGUGAUCAAAUCGUGGUUGGAAACGUACUACAACGAAGAAGAAGAUCGAAUGAUUCUUCCACGGUUGUUGGAGUUUGCCGAUACAGUGGUUCGCGAAUCGAUGCAGUUUGGAUCGGAACAGCUCAUCAAAUUAAUUAAAAAGCGAAUCGAUGCCGAGGAUGGAAGCCAGAUCCGAAAGAUGACCUUGAACGUACGGACGUCCGAUGUGCCUUCACCUAUCCUGCCAAAGAACAUGAAACGAUUACGGUUCCUGGAAAUCGAUCCACUCGAAUUGGCAAGACAACUGACGAUCAUGGAUUCCAAACUAUACAGCCGAAUCCGACCGGUCGAAUGUCUUGAUAAAAACUGGGGGAAGAGCGAGUCGGAUAACAUUGCAAUCAAUGUCAAAGCGUCCAUCGAAUACUCUAAUCAAGUCACUGCUUGGGUCACCGAUUCCAUCCUCAGCAAAGAAGAAGUCAGAAAGCGAGCCAAUGUAUGCAAACACUGGAUUUACGUUGCAGAGAAAUGCCGCACAUUGAACAACUUUAACACAUGCAUGGCCAUUCUUUCUGCUUUUGAUAACAGCUCCAUUGGACGUCUGCGUCGCACGUGGGAGAUGAUGAGCACGCGAACAAUGCAACUCCUCACGGGUAUCCGGCGACUGAUGGGGGCCAACAAGAACUUUACGGAAUACCGUGAAAUCAUUCAUAAAGUCAACCCUCCUUGCAUUCCAUUUUUGGGCAUUUACCUUCAAGAUCUCACGUUUAUUGAAGACGGCAACAGUAGCUACCUGAAAAAGUCCAACAACUUGAUCAACUUUUCCAAACGCAUGAAAACCGCCGACGUCAUCCGUGAAUUACAACAACAUCAAUCCACACCUUAUCUGUUACAAGCGGUUCCCGAUAUCCAAGAGUUCAUCAAGACGCAUUUGCAGUCUAGCCGUGACGACGAAACCCUGUAUAAUCUCAGCUUGGCCGUAGAACCCAGGUAGGUUCCUCGAUCAUAUUGUCUUGAUGAAUGCUUUGACUAAUCACACUGUCUUU